AUGCCAAAGGAUCCUGGUCUCUGGGGAACAGGCCUGCUUGGCGGCUCCACCACGGGGACUUCAGGCGGGGCUGCAAAUGCGGCCAGCCGUGCGUCAACAGGGAUGGGUGGUGGCGCCACCGCGACACAGCUUUCUUCCACCGUCGCAGCGGCUGCCACAACCGCAGGCGGCGCGUCAAUUCCUAGCAGCAAUAGUUACGCCUUUUUGUCCUCUUCCGCCGUCACUGUCGCCUCCCCGUCGCUGCUCGUGCAAAGCGGAAGUGGUGGUGUGAAUGGCCUCGGCAGCAACGCUGUCAGCCUGAUGCCGGCGAUCGUCAAUCACGACCGGUCGCAGGAGUUAUGUAAGUACUUCCUCAACGGGGGGUGUCUCCGUGGGGCGCAGUGCCAAUACCUCCACGAGCUACCGGACGAGCGGCACCUUGAUGUGAACGGCUACGGGUACAUCCUCAACCCCAACGUUCACAACGCGCAGAAGACACUCCCUCUAGCAAUGAACAGCAACCCAACCGGUAAUGUUCAGGUGAAUGGUGGGGCCUUGUCACCCUCGCCGCUCAUGUUAGGGCUUAGUUCGGGCAAUAGUAGACAGUCACACGGGGCGAAGGCCAAGCCACCGGCGUCGUUUAUGGUAGGUGUACCAACCCAACUGCCGUUUCAGUUGUCCUCAUCGAACGUCAAGGCAUUGCCCCCGAAGUACCGCCCACCAGAGCCGUUCUUAGACUACAACCUGCCGCCCACACUAGCACUGCCGUUGAACACGCCGUCGAAGGAUGUGGCCAUGCAACUAACACGCACCAUGCUUCAGAACUGA